GUCCUCCUACAGACAGAAACAUGGCAUUUAAUGGCACUUGGAAGAUAGACAAAAAUGAAAACUAUGAGAAGUUCAUGGAGGCAAUGGGUGUUAACUUAAUGAAAAGAAAGUUAGGAGCUCAUGAUAAUCUGAAGAUCACUUUUCAACAAGAUGGAAACAAAUUUACUGUCACAGAAUCAAGCAACUUCCGUACCAUAGAUAUUGAAUUCACUCUGGGAGUCAGUUUUGAAUACAGUCUGGCUGAUGGGACUGAACUUACUGGUUCUUGGAACAUGGAAGGAAAUAAACUUGUAGGAACAUUUACUAGAAAAGAUAAUGGAAAAGUACUCAAAGCAUGCAGAGAAAUCAUCGGCGAUGAACUCGUUCAGACCUAUGUAUAUGAAGGAGUUGAAGCCAAGAGAAUCUUCAAAAGAGCCUAAGUACUUCACCCACCACAGCACCAGAAUCAAAAAAAAGUAGAAAAGACCCUUUUUCUACAUAUCCUCUGCUUUUUGUUUGUUUCAUCCCCUCUCAGCAGCUCCUACACUGCAAUUACUUAGCCCUGUUGAAAACACAGGGUAAUUCCUUAUGUUUACUGUUUUGCCCUCAAUAAACAAAAUGCAAUUACAAUUUCA